AUGGGCCAAAGUCGGGAAUUGGGGGGCAGCCAUCUGGAUGGAGAAGGCGGGACUCCCAGCCGCGGGGCCGUCGGGGCGUCUGGGGGCGCUGCUGGAGGCAGGCGGUGCGAGCCGGACAGCUGCUGGGCGGCUAUUUCCGACGUCCCCACCGCCAGAUGGGGCCGCGUGUCUGGCCUGCAGAAGCCGGGGGCGGCGCAGCGAGCGGGCUCCCUAUUUAGCUCCGCGAUACACUCGCAGCCCAACUGUGGGAGCGCACUCCGCGUGGGGACACCUGGUCACGGCGGCCUCCGCCAGACGGCGGGGGAGAGCGCUGACGUUUCUCAAUGGGAGUGA